AGGGCAGUGUAGUGUUGAACUCACAUGCGAGAAGUUGUUACCUAUUCUCCGAGAGCCGGCCUCGUUGAAAAGAGAUUGGUCUAUAGAAUUUAAACUGGUUCUCGAUGUUGAAAAAAAUUUUAGGUAUGUUUAUAUAGGGUUUAUAGGCGAGGACGACGGGCGUCUCGCAUGCGGAGAGGGGGGAAGGGCAGGCGUGGUUCGCGAGGAGGUCGAUUCUGACCUGUUCAUUGAAAGCGUCACACCAUCAUGAUCAGUCUGCGAAAGAGGGGGAUGGGUCUCGUGGUGACAGGCAGAAGGGCGUGAACAAGGAUGGGGAGAGUAUGAAUUCUCUUGAGUCGUCCGGGGCUGGGUCUUUUUCUGAGAUGUCUAGUGCGAGCGGCGAGAUGUCCAACGGGAUGCUUUCCCGCAUGAGCAGCAUGGGCAGCAUGGGCAGCAGUAUGGACGGGGUUAAUGAGAGGGACGGUGGAUACAACAAAGAUGAAAAAGAGGCCGUGGAGUGGGGCCACUUGUGGGACACUUGGAUGGAUACUGUAGAAAGUGGUCGGAUGCUGGACGAGAUUACAAAGUUUAGACAGGCGACCUUUGCGUGUAUUACCGCAUACGUGGGAAACCUCGAGUUGCUGCAGAAGCUAUUAGAGUGCGGCGUGGACAUACAUUGUCCUGACUACGACGGUCGAACUGCGUUGCACUUGGCUGUUUGUUCGAAUCGUCUGGACGUGUUGAACUUUUUGAUUGAUUCGGGGGCGAAGUUGGGCGCGAUGGACCGGUGGGGGAACACGGCAAUGGACGACGCGCUGAGACUCGAGCACUAUGCGGCGGCCACGCUGGUGGAGGUGGCGAUUACAAAGCAGGCGAUGAAGAUGCUGUCUAUCGAGUACAUGAGCGGGGACUACAUCCCGUCGAGCGCGGAAUACAUGCGAGAAUGUCAAAACGUUAUGCACAUGAAGCACGAUACCAAGUUCUACGAUCUCACUGACACCAGCGUGUGCAAAUUACCUACGAUCAAUGAUGGGUGGGAGAAGAACAAGAGUCUGAUCAAGCUGAGGGGUGUGAGCAACCCAGAACUGGCGGCCAGAGCGGCUGCGCUGGACAAGGAGCCGGCGGUACAAUCUCAGUCACCGAAGAAAAAACUGCCACCAACCUCGGGCGCCACCCCAUCCUCACGCAAGAACGGCCGCCGUCACUCCCUCAAGAACGGCAUGAUUGGAUACUUUUUCAACCGUCUCAACACAUUCAAGACGAAUCUGAGUCACCGCUCAGACGAGGCAGCGUUGGGCGCGGAGUUUGACAGUUCUGAAAGUUCUCAUAAAUCGGCUGACGCGCUCGCUAACCCUCCUAAGAAGCCGUUGUUCGGGAUUGUUUUCAACGAGAAGAGGGGUGCGUGUCAGGUGUUUCACUGCAACUGCAAGUACUAUGUGGAUAACCCAGAGGCGGCCAACACGGUGUGCACGUGCACACACUUUCCCGCAUCUCAUGAAUGUUUGGGCAUGGCGGACGAGCUGGACCUGUUGCACGAGCAGGAGCGAGCAACGAACAAGGCGUCUGCGCUGAUGAGUGUCAACCCAGACUCGGAGUACCCGAAGGUGCUGAAUCUCAAUUUUGAGAACGAAGACGACACCGCACAAUUCAGCGUUUUUAACGAGAACUCGGUGAAGGUUACCUCGUUGGACCCUCUGAGGCUUCUCUUCGAGCGCCAAAUUGGCAAAGGCUCGACCGCGACCAUAUACCGCGGGUCCUAUGAUGGUCAGGAAAUCGCCAUCAAGCUCAUUUCGAGGAGGCUAAACUGCCGCGCCUCGUUCCAAAAACUCCAACAACAGGCGCUCGAGGAAUUUCGAAUUGUAUCUUCUAUCCGAUCGGACUAUAUUCUGAGGUUUUACGGCGCCGUGUUUCACCCGAGAAUCUGCCUGGCAUUCGAAUAUGCACCGCUCGGAAGCCUCUACGACGUGAUGAACGGUCCGCUACCGAACCUCAGCUGGGCGUUGAUUUUCAAAUGGAUGAAGCACAUCAUUUUGGGCGUGAAGGUAAUGCACGAGUAUAACCCGCCUAUCUACCACCGGGACCUCAAAACGCCCAACAUCCUGGUCAACGCGAACUACGACCUCAAAAUAUCCGACUUCGGACUCGCGAGAAUCAUCCAAGAUGAGUCCACCAUGACCACACUCGUCAAGCUCCGCGGGACUUACGCAUACACCGCCCCCGAAGUCUACCAAGGAGAGAGAUACACCGAAUUGAGUGACAUGUACUCUGUGGGCAUCAUCUUUUGGGAGAUUGCGUACCUGAUUCUCAAAGGGCAUUACCAGCGGCCCUACGAAGAAUACCAAUCUAUCGUCUUUGAUUUUCAAAUUAUUGUUCAAGUUUCCAAAAAAAACACCCGGCCCACCAUUCCAAACACCUGUCCGGAGCCUCUGAAGAACCUCAUCGAGCGCCUCUGGUCUCCGGAUCCCAAGAACCGUCUCACCUCAUCUCGAACGCUCGAUGCCAUCCUGGACUUAGAGCGCAAGUACAACUCCUCUCCCAAGACGUGGGACUCGCUCCUGACGUCGAAGUCCUCGGAAUGAGACAGGAGGAGUUUGGGCUUCGCGUACACUACUCUGGUGUAAAUAAAAUGCUACACUUUUUGGCAAAAAA